AUGUUGAAUCAAGACAGUAAGACUUUAAUGCAUAACAUGCUUAAUGAUUGGAGCGCAUUUGAUAAUCAAGUUAAUCAAGCUCUAGUUCAUGACAAAAAAUACGGCUACUUCCUUCAAAUUACGGAUACGCAUUUGGAUGAUCAUUACACUGAAGGUGCCACGCUCAAAUCAGGCUGCCACUCUAUACCCGAAAAGCACUUGCAUUCCAAGCGCAAGCAGCUCUGCCAUGUCAUGGGUGUUCCCGGUGUACGCAUGGAUGCACCCAGUAUUCUCAUUGAGCAUACCCUCGACUGGAUCAAAAGAGAAUGGAGAGACAAGCUUGAUUUCGUUAUUUGGACCGGUGACAAUUCCAGACAUGAUUGGGAUGAAGCUCAUCCUCGCAAAGAGACCAAGGUGCUUGAAUUGAACCGUCAAGUAACUCAAAUGAUGUCUGAUCUGUUCUGCUCCAGCCCUGAACACCCUCGUGCUAUUCCUGUUGUCCCUGUCAUUGGCAACAACGACGUCCAGCCUCACAACAACAUUGAACUCAAUGACGAUGUCUUGUAUUUUUUUGAAAAGCUUUGGGAUCAUUGGAUUCCCAAAAAGCAACGCAAAGAUUUCUUGGAAGGCGGUUAUUUUGCUGUUGAUGUUGCACCAGGACUACGGGUAUUAUCUAUCAACACCAUGUUCUUUCUCAAGAAAAACCCGCUAGCUAAAUCCUGCUCCAAGAAGUCUUCGUCUGGACAUCACCAUAUGAAAUGGUAUAAGAAUCAACUACGUAAGGCUCGUCGUGACAACGUCAAGAUCUAUGUUAUUGGCCAUGUACCUCCUUCUCCAAGGGAUUUUUUCAAGAGCUGUAUGACAGAUUACAUGAGCAUUACUGCAAAUUAUUCAGAUGUCGUCUAUGGUCACUUUUAUGGUCACCUUAAUAUGGAUCAUUUCCUUUUGUACGAUAAGCGCGAACAAGAGAUCCACAACUCCGAGGACCUUCAACUCCCUUACUUAGAGGACUCUGUUGAGGAGCAGCAUGACACAGUUAGCAUUCAGCGUAACGUUAGAGAAUACGUCGAUUGGUUAAAGGGCAUGUACGAAGAAAUUGAUGAAUUCGAAAACAAGCAUCCAGAUAGACAUGAUUCAUUCCAUCAUCAAACGCCCAUCAUGCACAAGAAACCAAAAAACUUUGAUCCAGAGCCCGUGGUGGUUGUUCACAUUGCUCCAUCUGUAUUCCCCGUCUAUAUGCCCUCUGUCAGAAUCUACCGCUAUGAAUACAGAAACUCUCCUCAACAAGGUGCUACACACACGUACGGUACUCUGCUUGGUUAUUCUCAAUACGUUGCCAACAUCUCUCGAUACAACGAAGAAGAUGGCCACAAAGAGCCUAAACCACCAUUAAAUUUUGACCUGGAGUAUGAUACAAAAACAUUGUAUGGUCUCCCUGAUCUCUCUAUCGAUGCUUAUAUAGAAUUUGCUGAUGCACUUACCCAAAACGACACAGAAAGCAAGCAGCUGUGGAACACUUUUUGCAAAAACAUCUUUCUCCAGACUCUCAAUAGCACCUUUGACAGUCUUUAG